AUGAUGCAGUUCGCUGGGGCAAACAUGGCGUUCCCCACGCUCGGCCGCGCCCGCCCCGCGCCGGAUGCGGCUGCAGAGAAGGACGACGGCAGCGUGCACCGCCGACGGCGCAAGUUGGUGGUGGUGCGAAGCUCCGGUAAAAGCGAAGCUGCGCUGCUGCGGCAUGGCAGGGGCACGGCUGAGGACGCGGGAAGACAUACCAGGGCCGGCGGCGGCGGCGGCGGCUCAACGGGCGUGGCGGGCGCCGCCGCGAAGGUGGCCACCGCGGCAAAUGUGACGGCGCGCACGACAACGUCUCCCACGCGACUCGCCGAUGCGUCGUCGGAGCGGAAGCCAUGCGAUGAGGCGCCAUGUCACGCCUCCACGCCCGCGCAGCAUGUCACCUCCAGCCGAACCUCGGCGACGGCGACGGGGGAGCCGGCGUCUCCCACGCAGUCGCCACUGGCGGCAUCGACGCCCACGAUAUUCCCGCAGCCACCCGCAGCGGCUGCAGUGCCCGGCGCACAACCGUACAAAAGGCUCCACUCGGGGCAUUCAGCGGUACGGCGUGGUAACAUGGAGCGACGCACGCCGGAGAGCCCCUCCCCCGCACGGCGCACAAAGCCAACACCCUCCUUGACGGCAACAACAACAGCGCCCACGGGCGCAGCAGGAGGGACGCCUCCCCCAACAUGUGCCUCGCGUUUCUCAAGGCAUGGCCACGGCCACGUGGGAAUAAACGGUGGCCCGCUUUCCCAGCAGCACGCGAUAUUGUACCCGCACAGUGUUAGCCAGGCGAGCACCGCACAACCGGCAUCCAAUUUGCUUUCUGCCGUGGUGCCGUUAGAGAGGCGGCGUUUUCGCGACGGGGCACGCGGAGCCUCGGGGGGUUCGGACGCUUCUGAGGAGCAGGACGACGCGCAGUGCAUUGCGCGCGGCACCAGCGGACUCAAUGCCCCGCUGCUUAGCUGUGAUAAUUCGAUAAGCACGAAUGAGGCGACGACGCCGCCCUCACGGCGACGACGGCCACGCGGCGGCGGAGCUGCGGCGACGGAGGUGUCGCCGAAGUCCAUUGCCCAGCUGUGGCGGCAGCGUCACGCAAGUGCAGGCGGUAGACCUCCAGGCGACUUCGCAGCGCGCUUCUUGGAGCACUCCGCCUCGUGCCUGCUCGGCGCCGGCGGGGGCGAGGUGCCGGAGUUCGUUGAGUUGUGCUCCCCGUCUAAGGGGGCGGGUGCGCCGCCCGAAAGCGCCCCGGCCCCGACAGCCAAAGCGCGGCGGCCGCGCCACAGGACGUUCGUCGUCACAGCCCGCGGCAGGGAGUCGGUGACGUUUGCACGGGCGGUAGCUCCGCGGAGCGCGGAGACGGGGACGACGUCCGUCUCCUCCCGCUCGCCCCGUGCGCUGAAGCGUGUGAAGGGGACGCCCGCUCCCGGCGGCGGCGGCGGCCGAUCUAAGCCUCGUCCUUGUGGCGACCGAGCCGCGGUCUCGCCCCAGCACGUUUUUCCACUUUGA